AUGCCCCCAUCUUACCGCAAGUCUUGUCUUGCAUGCGUUCAGUCCAAGCGAAAAUGCGACAAAGGAUUGCCUAAAUGCCAACGCUGCCUUGCAAAGAACAUUGAUUGCGAAUACAACCCCCGAUAUCUCGGUCGACGGCGGCAACCUACUGGAAGAAAUGUUGGCGAGAAUUUUGCCUUCACAGAAGAACUGUCCAAUGAUUGCCAACUGCAGCGAAGUCCCGCGCUACCGGCAGCAGCAAUACUCUCGCCCUACACAAAUGAUCCAUUCUUCAACUUUGCUAAUGAUCCAUUCAACCUGGAAAGCAUACCGCAAGACGCUUUCCUCAGCUCUGCUGUCUUCGAAGACACCAUAGCUCAGCAAACCCCAAAUUAUAUCGAGCACCUUACCUCGGAUACAACUGCACAGCCUCGUGUGGAGUUUGCAGUAAAGAAAUUAGCUGGGAUUCCGAAGAUAUUUUCCCACCAAGGGCAAACAAUGUUUAUCCACCGUCACUUGUUCCAAGACAGAAGCCGUUUAGCUUUACAGGAUGCGCUCAGUGCUUGUGCCCUAUAUUGCUUAAAAAAUACAGAGAAUCAGACCCUAGUCUUCCACAACUUGGAGCACAAACGGAAACAGCUCAUCGCCAGCAUAGAUCCGCUCCAUGCCCCCAAGAUGGAUCUACUCGAAGCGCUGCAAGCGCUGAUACUGUACCAGAUAAUAAGUCUGUUCGACGGUGACAUUCGCCUUAGGGCGCAAGCGGAAGCGGACGAGCCAGUUCUCCUAAUGUGGGCUGCACAGCUUUCGUUACGUACGUGUCAAAUGCAGCAUCCGCCGACUCCAGCGGAAGCGCAGCUUCUGCCGGAAAGCACUUUUACGGACUGGCGGCGCUGGUUGAUUGAGGAGAGCAGCCGACGGACGUUAAUAACAGCGUCUAUGUUGAAAGGAGUAUACAAUUUCUUGAAACUUGGCUACGACACGGUUCCAGACAUGCGAAUGAGCUUCACAGCCCAAGCGGCGCUUUGGAAUUCGCAGUCAGAAAUUAGUUGGCGGAGAGCAUAUAGCGAGAGGGAGAGGCUCGAAGUGCGGGUGACGCAUUGGGACGAGGCAAUAGCAAAGGCGAAGCCAGGUGAUUUAGAGGAGCUCGGUGUACUGAUAAUGGUCAUGUUAAAGGGGAUAGAGGCCGCCGGGGAAUGGUUGGGGCAUAGUCAAAAUAUUAGAUACGGUUUAGAGGGACCGGAGUAG